AUGAAUGGCCCUGCAUUCCGGGUCUGCUUAGAACCCACUUGCGAAUCCACUUGCAAUGCAAAGGAAUCUUCCACUUUUUUAGAACACUUGAAUUCUUCUUCCGCCAAAACAUUUUCAUCUUUCGACGGGCCUCUCCAAGCCCGUAUUUCUUCUACCCUGCCAGCUACUUUCUCUACUACACGGAUUCGACCCGCCAUUCUACGAAAGAACCAGGCAGACAUGGGUGCAUGGCCGAUGAGGCCCGAGCAUAGAGAUUCAGCAGAACAGACUUUGAGUGAGCCAAGCUCUUCAGCAUCUACAUCACUUUCUCCUGCUAUUCCACCUUCUGAUUCAUUACAACCCUCUCAAUCAAACCUUCUAGCCCCUACAGUCGAUUCAACUCUAGCUUCUCCAUCACACGAUCAGGGUUCAGGUCUCUGCUCCUCUUGUCUUGUUCUUGUCAACUCCGGUCGCCUAAUUGGGCUAUCCCCUCCGUCACGUUUGGUUGCCGGCUUUUGUCGGUGUCCUCACAGGCCAGAAUGUCCCGAUUGCUUGGCCGCCGCAAUUCCAGAAUCGGAAUCAUUUCCUCCUACAAAUGGUAAAAAUAUUGUUGCUUUGGAUCUAUUUGAUCGGGAUCACGGUAAACGAACGCCUCGUGCCAAUCCACAUCCACAAGUAAUGCCCUCUUAUGGCUUGUCCGACUGUGUCACGCCUGUAAGAGAUUCUUCUAUUGCUAAGAGUUCGCAUAUUCCUUACUGCUCACAACGUAUAACCGAGAUGACUGAUAACAUAAAUUGGCUACAAAUAUCUAGCUCUGCACGGUCUUCUGCUGACGUAAUCCAGAAAUCAAGCCCAGACCUGACUGCUCAGCAGUUGGAUGGUCGACGAGAUCAAUUACUUGAAUUUGAACGAACAUCAAGGUUAAAUAAGGAAACCGAUGAUGGAGAUAGAGGAGUAUAUCGACAAGAGUCGGAAAAGGAAGAGACGAGUAAUCCAGCUAAUUUGGAUAAGGAAAUUCAGAAUUCCGCACGCCUGCUUUAUUUUGGCCAAAGGCCUGGACAACGGUCAUGGAGUUCUACAACUGCUCCUUAUCUCACUUCAUCCGCCUCACUUUCUUCAUGCUCUUAUUCUUCCAGUUCUUCCUCGUCGUCAUCUAUCUUAGCUAACCUUCCUGCUUCCGAUUCUUCAAUACAUUUGUCUGCAGCUUGUUCUACUGGAGACACAAAGACUCCCCAUACCACAGACGGCUACUUGGAAGCCACCGAGUUGAAACAAGAUUUAAUUAAUCCAGUUGCGUUUUCUCGUGAUGCCUAUCUUAAGGUCACUCAAGACGGUUAUUUGAAUCGCUCUCCAAAGUCGUCCGAGUAUUCGGUGCAGAUGCGAGUUCUUCCCGGCCUAUCUAUCGCAUCUCCCAUUGGAUCAUCUGUUGAUUCACACUCUUGUUCUGCCUGGCCUAUGCCAGCAUUGUCCGAGCCCGAAGUUGCACAGCUCAUGUCGGCAGCCUCUUUCACAUGUGCGUCCAUCAGAGAGGUAUCGCCAGAUGCAGCAACCCCAAGCUUAUCGUCGCAUCCUACUUACCAUCAUGACCCAGACUCCUUACUCCAUCAUCAGACUCCCUUACAGCCACGACAAAAUCCGCAACAGCACGAUCACCAUCGUAGUCACCACCACCACUCCCACACUUAUAAUCACAUUCAACGUUUGCAUGUUCCUUUGCAUCGGCAUGGCCCACCAUGCGUCAGUUCUGCCUCCCUAACUCCUGGUCCUUGGACCUCAAGCUGCGUCGAUGCAGAUUCUUUUUUUUCAAGCCCACCAUCCUCUUGUUCCUCUCCACCUGCCCCUUCUCCCUCACUUUCUUGUCCUGCACGCACUCUUCAAGUCACCCGCACUCUCAGCCCCUCCUUUCGAUCUUCUGCCAACGAAAAUGACCUGCCAAUACCGUCAUCUGCCGCGAUGGCUGUUGAAAUGGCUCUCAGUCGA